AUGUCGAACUCCCGCAGCCGCUUCAAACAACUGCUGAGAGCUGCGGAGACGGAUUUGGCGUUGCUGACGCGAGCUGUAUGUACACUGCGAGCAGCAAAGAGCAGCAGCAGCAGCAGCAGCAGCUACACCUCCCUGCAGCAGCAGCAGCUGCAGCAGCGCCCCAGCAGCAGCAGCAGCAGCAGCAGCAGCAGCACCGCCGACGCAGAGCCCUCCUGGACUGUCGACUCGCCGCGCUCCGGCUCAACUGCUGCUUCUCUCCACAGCAGCAGCAGCAGCAGCAGCAGCAGCAGCAGCAGCAGCAGCAGCAGCACUGACCCGGACAGGCUGCUGGAGAUUCGGCGGCGCAUUGCAGCAAACUUGGACGCAGCGGAGCUGCUGCUGCCUUCUAUCCGGCCUGCUGCUGCAGCAGCAGCAGCAGCAGCAGGAGGAGCAGCAGCAGCGCAAGGCGCAGCAGCAGCAGCAGCAGCACGGGCGCAGGUGCGGCACUUUUCGGAUUUGCUGCUGGCAGCAAGGCGGGAGUUUGCUGCUGUUGACUCCACGCUGCAGCAGCACAUCGAGCGGCUGUCGCUGCUGCGCAGCAGCAGCAGCAGCAGCAGCAGCAGCAGCAGCAGCGCAGCAGCAGCAGAAGACGAAGAUGCUGCUGCUUUGAACAAAGAAAGGGCGGGGCUGCUGGCAGCAAACUCGUCGCUGCAGCAGGUGACGGAGUCUGCUGCGGAGGCGCUGCAGCUGCUGCGGCGGCAGCGGCAGCAGCAGCAGCAGCAGCUGCUGCUGCUGCAGCUGCUGCAGUCCGCCGCCUCAGGUGUACGUACACUGCAGCAGCAAGUCCGCUGUCUCCGCAGCAGAGACAAUUUUGUCUUGGGAAUUGUUUUGGGCUUUUGCUUCAUUUUUGCUUUUCUUUGGCUCGCCUACAACACCCCCCUCUAA